AUGCCUCUCACUCCUCUCCGCCCCGGCGUCUAUGCGCCGACAAUGACUUUCUUCGAUGCCCAGACCGAAGAAUUGGACAUUGCCGCCAUUCGUCGUCAUGCUGUCCGUCUAGCCAAGGCUGGCCUGGUUGGUCUCGUCACCAUGGGCUCAAACGGCGAGGCAGUGCACCUCACCCGUGAGGAGCGCAAGACCGUCACCCGCGAGACUCGUUCCGCUCUCGACGAGGCCGGGUUCUCCAACGUCCCCGUCAUCGCCGGUGCCAGUGAGAACAGCAUCCGCGGCACCAUCGAUCUGUGCAAGGAGGUGGCCGAGUCUGGUGGCGAGUACGUCCUGAUCGUGCCCCCCAGCUACUACCGCGCCGCUGUCGGCAACGACGAGACUCUGUACGAGUACUUCACUGCCGUCGCCGAUGGCUCUCCUAUCCCUAUCAUCCUGUACAACUACCCUGGCGCCGUCGCCGGAAUCGACAUGGACUCCGACCUCAUCAUCCGCAUCUCCGAACACCCCAACAUUGUCGGCACCAAGUUCACCUGUGCCAACACCGGUAAGCUGACUCGUGUCGCUACCGCCCUCGGUGCCAUCACUCCUCCUUCUCCUCUGGCUCCUGCUCAGCGCACCGCCACUAUCUCGAAGCCAGACGCCAAGCACCCCUACGUUGCCUUUGGCGGUAUUGCCGAUUUCAGUCUCCAGACCCUCGUCUCCGGUGGCUCUGCCAUUCUCGCCGGUGGCGCCAACGUCCUCCCCCGUCUUUGCGUGCGCAUCUUCACUCUCUGGUCUGAGGGCCGUCUCACCGAGGCCAUGGAGGCUCAGCAGCAGCUCAGUGCUGCCGAUUGGGUCCUGACCAAGGCUGCUAUCCCCGGUACUAAGGGUGCUAUCCAGUCUUACUACGGAUAUGGUGGAUUCCCUCGUCGUCCUCUCAGCCGUCUUACGGACGCUCAGUAUCAGACUAUUGCCGACAAAAUCAAGCCCGCGAUGGAUGUGGAGGCAACUCUCCCUGAUGUGGCCUAG